CAGAGGACAGGGACAGUCACAUGUAACGAAAGCGAGCAGAAUUAAGGGAAGUGGUGACUGGUAAAUUUAGAUACGACACUAAAUUUGAUCGGAAAACGGUAGACUAGGCAUUUCAAACAAGUCUUAUACACCCGAAACACCAAUUAUUCAGCCAUGGGAGUGGACGGUUGUGGACAAAUGUGCAAAUGCAUUCUCAUCCUUUUCAAUGCCAUAUUUGCGAUUGUGGGAUUUGCAAUGGUUGGUUUGGGCCUUGGACUUCGACUUAGCUCAGAGACACGUGGGCUCUUCGACAUUGAAUUGAAAACACAAGAGUUUGUCAUAUUUGUGGUGGUGUUGAUCGUGCUGGGUUCGCUGAUGCUGAUCAUAUCCAUUUUUGGGUUUCAUGGAGCUUGCAACGAGAACCUGUCGUCCUUAAGAAUUUUUGCCAUAUUGUUGGCCAUCAUGGCAGGUUUGGAGAUUGGCACUGGAGUGCUGGUGUUCAUGCGCAGCAAAGAGGUAUCUGAGCAUAUUAUCAACCUGUAUGCCUCCGUUUACGCACAGUUCGCCAACACUCAUGAUCCAAGCCUUGCUACCACCCUACGCAUUAUCCAUGAAAUGUUCGAUUGCUGUGGGGUUGGAGGGCUACUGGAGCCGCUUGUACGAGAGACCUGUCCUAAAAAGGGUUUCUUGGGGACCUUGACUACUUCCGCCUGCCCCACUGUGAUCUUAAACCUUUUCCAAGACAAAGCUCCACUCAUCAUGGGCUUCUUCCUCACCACUGCAGCCCUCAUGGUCAUAGGCCUGACCUGCUACAGCCUCCUGGUCAAAGCCAUCAAGCAGAAUCGACAGGCGUACAGCGCGCCCCAUAUAUUCUGAGAUGAUGAGAAUCCCCAAUUACUGGAGGUCCUCUCAUAUCUCAAUAUGUUCUCUCACCAUUUGGACACAAUCGAAGAUUGCCAUAGCCACCUUUAUUAGGGUGGAGGAUGCUCUUACUGUAAAUGGUCCGUAUCCCUGUUCAUUUUUUACCAUUACAUUUCUAGUUGCCUCUGGGAAGAGGGACCAUUUUAUUUUUUUGUAAGGAUGUGAUUUCUGAGUUAAUCUAUAGCUGAGUUGAGGCAUUUCUGUGUAUUAUUUAGUCUUAUAUAUAUAUAAUCUUCGUCAAAAUGUCUUAAAUGAUACAUAUUUUAUGUUUGUGUUCUAAGGCACAUUUUUUUUUUAAUACUUUUAUACUUGUUGAAGUUAAUUUGCUUUAAUGCUACAAAAAUGCUCUCGUCCGCAUUGUGACGAGAGAAAACUGGCUGGUUCUGUGCUUAGAUACUGUAAAGGGAAACUAAAGGGAACUAAUUUCAUUUCACAUUGUCUUGUAUCACUACUAUACCAUCUUGGUAAAUUCAGCAUAGUAUGGUACUUUCCGAAACCCAUGUGUUGUGUGAAACUGAGCACUGUUAAAUAAAAUUAAUAGUUCUGUGUG